AUGCCUGCUCCCGUGCCUGUGUCGAGAUGCGUCCAGCGCAGCUCCCGUGCCGUCUCCAGGUUGCGGCCGAGCCGGCGGCUGGCCCUCUGUCCUCCAGCCGUGUCGCGGACGUCCGGAAUGGCCAAGGCAACGCCGGCGGCGUGCCGGUCAAUGCCUGGUUUGCGCGCCUUGAGCACCAGCGCGAGCUUGCGCGCGGCAGACCCCGAGGCCUCGUUUGAUCCUUCGAGCAUGGAGCGCGAAUCGGACCAGGUCGACGUGUGCAUCGUCGGCGGCGGCCCCGCCGGCUUGAGUGCCGCCAUCCGGCUCAAGCAGCUCGCCAACGAGGCGGGCAACGAAGACUUCCGCGUCCUCGUGCUGGAGAAAGCCGGCGACCUCGGCGGUCACAUCCUCUCGGGUGCCGUCAUCCAGCCGUCGUCCAUCAACGAGCUCAUCCCCGACUGGCUGGACGAGUCGAACCCCAACCGGUUCGAGCACGCGACGGCCGCCGGCACCGACAAGAUGCGAUUCCUCACCAAGACGGCCGCCAUCCCGAUCCCGGCCCCCCCGCAGAUGAGCAACCACGGCAACUACAUCGUCAGCCUGAACCAGUUCGUCAAGUGGCUAGGCGAGCGGGCCGAGGAGGUCGGCGUCGAGGUCUACCCCGGCUUCGCCGCCGCCGAGGUCCUCUACGACGCCGACGGCUCCGUCAAGGGUGUCGCCACCAACGACCUGGGCAUCGGCCGGGACGGGAAGCCCAAGGACACGUUCGAGCGCGGCAUGGAGUUUCACGCCCGCGUCACCAUGUUCGGCGAGGGCUGCCACGGCAGCCUGAGCAAGCAGGUCAUCAGCAAGUUCGACCUGAGGCAGAACAGCCAGCAUCAGACCUACGGCCUGGGAAUCAAGGAGGUCUGGGAGGUGGACCCGGCCAAGUUUCAGAAGGGCCUGAUCGUCCACUCCAUGGGCUACCCUCUGCCGAGGGACGUCUACGGCGGCUCCUUCAUGUACCACUUUGGCGACAAUCUCGUGAGCCUCGGCCUCGUCGUCUCGCUCGACUACGAAAACCCAUGGCUCUCGCCCUACCAGGAGUUCCAGAAGCUCAAGCACCACCCGCUGUUCAGAAAGGUCCUCGAGGGCGGCAAGUGCAUCUCCUACGGCGCUCGCUCCCUCAUCGAGGGCGGCUUCCAGUCGAUCCCCAAGGUCGCCUUUCCCGGCGGCGCCCUCAUCGGCGACUCGGCCGGCUUCGUCAACGUGCCCAAGGUCAAGGGCACCCACAACGCCAUGAAGUCGGGCAUGCUCGCGGCCGAGGCCGCCUGGACGGCCCUGAGCCAGUCGAACGAGGGGACGCUCUUCCUCUACGACUACGAAGAGUCGCUCCGCAAGUCGUCCAUCUGGAAGGAGCUCAGGGAGGUGCGCAACAUGCGCCCGUCGUUCCACAACCCCCUCGGCCUCUACGGCGGCGUCCUCUACUCCGGCCUCGAGGCCUACAUCCUCAAGGGUCGCGUGCCGUGGACGCUGAGCCACAGGACGACCGACCACGAGGCCACGAAGCCGGCGGACCAGUUCAGCAAGAUCGAGUACGAGAAGCCCGACGGCAAGAUCAGCUUCGACAUCCUCACGAGCGUGUCCCGCACCGGAACGAACCACGAGGAGGAUCAGCCGGUUCACCUGCAGGUCAAGGAUUGGGACGCGCACGCCGACAAGGCGUACCCCGCUUUCAAGGGCCUCGAGAAUCGGUUCUGCCCCGCCGGCGUGUACGAGUACAUCGAGGACGACACGAAGCCUCACGGAGUGCGCUUCCAGAUCAACGCCCAAAACUGCAUACACUGCAAGACGUGCGACAUCAAGGCGCCCCAGCAGGACAUUAACUGGCAGGUGCCCCAAGGAGGCGAGGGACCCAAGUACUACAUGACCUGA